AUGCUAUACACGGCGUGGGCGUCGCAAUUCUACUUCAUCCUGAUGGAGAAUAGCAGCUUAUCCACUGCCAAUCUGUUUGCCUUCAUGACCAUUGCCAUGGGUUCUAUUGGCUCAGUGUUGGGUGGCUACUUUGCAGACCGCGUGGGUCGCACUGCUGUGUGUGCUGUGUGCACUAUCUGCUCAGCAACAGUCUCCAUUGCGAUUGGACCAGCCGCGGUUGCGACACAGAGUGAACCGCUGGUGUGGGCAUUGGCCUUUCUCUGGGGCUUGACCGUCGUCGCCGACAGCGCGCAAUACAGUGCCAUGAUCAGCGAACUGUGUCCUGCCGACUUGGUAGGCACAGCGUUGACACUGCAGUUGAGCAGUGGUUACAGUGCCACUGUAGUCAGUAUACUGGUGCUACCGACGAUCGCCAACAGUACUAUAUUGACCUGGGAGUGGAGUUACGCUGUUGCGGGAGUAGUCUCGUAUCUGGGACUUUUCAUGCUGCUUUGGCUACGAUAUCUUCCAGAGUCCGAGAAAAUAUGUGGCGGGAAGAAGUAG